AUGGGAUUGGGCAAGAGCCUCCCGGUCACUCCAGCGCGGCCUCCGCCGCACAACAAGCAUCUGGCGCGAGUGGCGGACCCCCGUUCCCCUAGUGCCGGCAUCUUGCGCACUCCUAUCCAGGUGGAGAGCUCUCCGCAACCAAGUCUACCGUCAGGGAAACAGUUGGAGGAUCCCAGUCAAAUCCAGGACUCUGAUCCCCGCUCUCCUACCCUUGGCAUUGCACGCACACCUAUGAAGACCAGCACCAGCGAACCUCCAAGCCCACUGGCAGUGCUUCUGAAUGAAGUAUUGGACACCGAAACACCCAGAUCAAAUCUUCCCCCAGAAGCCAUUCUGCCCCUGGAAACACCUUUAUCAUCUGAACUGGACUUGCCUCUGGGCACCCAAUUAUCCCUUGAGGAUCAGAUGCCACCUCUGAGCCAAACUGAGCACCCCUCCAAACAGGCAUUUUCCAAGGAAGAAGCAGGACACUCUACAGAAAUCCCUGUGGCCAGCCAGGACUCAGACAAGCCGAUGAGAGACCCUGAGACUCCUCGAUCUUCAGGUUCUAAGCAUAAUAGACGAAAGGCUAAUGGCAAGGUACUAGUGAGAUCCCCCCUCACCAUCCUUCAGGAUGACAACUCCCCCGGGACCGUGACACUACGACAGGGUAAGCGGCCUUCUUCCCUGAGUGAAAAUGUUAGGGAACUAAAUGAAGGGGCCAUCCUGGGAACUGGACGACUUCUGAAAACUGGAGGAAGAUCUUGGGAGCAAGGUCGGGGUCAUGACAAGGAAAAUCAGCACUUUCCCUUGGUCGAGAACUAA